GAUUUAUACUGUAAAGUUUAAACCCUGGAACAGCGAUUUAAACAGAGCGUUAGUUUGUUGUGCUUUUCAAAUUAAUAUUAAUUAAGCUGUUCCUGUAUGGCGUGGAAUAAGCAUUACAGAUAGAUGUGUGUGUGGAAUUAAAGAUGUAUCCUACAAUGUACAUGUUUCGUACAUAACAAUGACAAUGAGACCCAAGAAUGUUCUCUCCUUCAUAUUUCUUCGACCCUGGCUAGGAGUUCCGUUUGGAAUAUGGAUAGCUGUAUCUGUGGUGUAUUAUUGGUGGCUAAUAUCCCGGAUAAGCAUCCUGGAGACACAGAACAAGGUGUUACAAGUUGAUUCUAGAAAGGGAUUGCAAGUGCCUUAUAUUCCAGACGCACCAGGCACACUCUGCGAGACCAUCCACGUGGCGCUGGUCUGCAUGAGCAAAUGCCCCAGGAUUGUGUCACCGAUGCUCAAGUCAUUGUUGCACCACCGGCAGAACCCGGUGCACUUCCAUCUCAUAGUGGACGUGGUGUCUGAGCACACAACCAAACAUCUGUUUGAGACCUGGGAUCUACCUGAUGUUCAAUACACCACCUACAACGCUCAGAGUAUCCUAAACCGAGUGGCAUGGAUCCCCACAAGCCACUAUUCCGGCGUGUACGCGCUGGUCAAACUUUUGUUCCCGGACAUACUGCCGGCGACGUUGCGGCGAGUGAUCGUGCUGGAUUCCGACCUCACCUUCUUGUGUGACAUUAUGGAACUGUGGAACAUGUUCCGGAACAUGACGGACCAGCAGUAUAUCGGCCUAGUCGAAAACGAGAGCAACUGGUACCAGAACACGGAAAUUAGGUGGCCAGCGCUUGGCCGAGGCUAUAACACCGGUGUGAUGUUAUUAGACUUGCACAAAAUCCGAACCGUCACAGACUGGACGACUUCUUGGCAUAGCGCGGUCAACGACAAUAUAGACCGGCUGAAGACCACGGCACUGGCUGACCAGGACGUCAUUAAUGCCAUGAUUAAGAAAACACCAAAGAUUGUUUAUAAUAUUAGCUGUCAUUAUAAUGUGCAAAUGUCGACGGAGACGCUGGCGAAGAGUUGUUAUGGGGAAGAUGUAAAUAAUAUUAAAAUAAUCCACUGGAACUCCCCAAGGAAGUACAACGUCAACAUCCCCGACGUGGAAUACUUCCGAAGCAUCCACCUUUCUUACGUCAACUUCGACGGUAACCAGCUUCGAGAGAAGUUGCACCGCUGCGACCGCGCCGAAGCGGUCACCAUGAAGGUAAAGUACUUCCGAAGCAUCCACCUUUCUUACGUCAACUUCGACGGUAACCAGCUUCGAGAGAAGUUGCACCGCUGCGACCGCGCCGAAGCGGUCACCAUGAAGGUAGAGUACUUCCGAAGCAUCCACCUUUCUUACGUCAACUUCGACGGUAACCAGCUUCGAGAGAAGUUGCACCGCUGCGACCGCGCCGAAGCGGUCACCAUGAAGGUAGAGUACUUCCGAAGCAUCCACCUUUCUUACGUCAACUUCGACGGUAACCAGCUUCGAGAGAAGUUGCACCGCUGCGACCGCGCCGAAGCGGUCACCAUGAAGGUAGAGUACUUCCGAAGCAUCCACCUUUCUUACGUCAACUUCGACGGUAACCAGCUUCGAGAGAAGUUGCACCGCUGCGACCGCGCCGAAGCGGUCACCAUGAAGAGCGCAACCCCCAGCCGUUGCACCAAAUUCCGCGCAGCGCAGAACAUAAAGCUGCGCACACACCUGUACUACAUGGACUACAGCUACACGAACGCGGACAACUUCGACGUGACGCUGGUGCUGCAGCUGUCUAUGGACCGGUUGCAGUUCUUGGAGAGACUUGUGAAGCAUUGGGAAGGCCCCCUGAGCGCUGCGAUAUACCUAUCCGACUGCGAAGUGGGAGUCCUAGAGAGUUUCAUAAAGGAUUUCUCUGACACGCUCAGUGUUAGGAAAAACAUCGGAUACCAUCUCGUCUUCAAACACGAGUCUACGCACUACCCAGUGAACUACCUCCGUAACGUGGCCCUACAGAACGUGAACACGCCGUACGUGUUUCUGAUGGACGUGGAUUUCGUGCCCAUGGCCGGGCUCUACGACCAUCUGCGGUCUGUCAUUAAGCUCGUCAACCCGUAUCCACAGAAAAUGUGUCUAGUGGUAGCCGCGUUCGAGACGCGCCGCUACCGUCUGUCGCCGCCGCGCAACAAGACGGCGCUGCUGGCGCGCCUGCGCGCGCGCCGCGGCGCCGACGUGGCGCCCUUCCGCGCGCAGGAGUGGCCGCCCGGCCACCGCGCCACCAACUACUCACGCUGGGCCACAGCCACGCAGCCCUACCAGGUGGAUUGGGAGAAUCAUUACGAACCGUACAUUGUGGUACAUCGUUCCGUGCCUAAGUACGACACGCGGUUUUCCGGGUUCGGAUGGAAUAAGGUAUCCCACAGCGUGGAGCUGCGCGCCCUCGGGUACAAGGUGGUGGUGCUGCCGGGGGCGUUCGUGGUGCACACGCCGCACGCGCCCUCGCCCGCCAUCACCGCCUUCCGGACCAACAAGGAGUAUCGACAUUGCCUAGCGCUCCUAAAGCUCGAAUUCAUGGAGGACCUGCGCCGCAAGUACAACAUAACACUCGAAGACAGCAUGCUUCACCUCGGCAAGGAACCUGUCAAACUGAGGGCCAAGGACGCUGACUAAAGGAGUCC